AUGCUAAAGGCUCUAAUGGAAGAAGUGGAUAACAUGCAAGAACAGAUGGAUAAAAACUUGUCAAUAAUAGAUUAUAACUUUUGGACAAGUAAACUGGAUGACAGCAAUAUUAUAAAAGGCAGUAGGGAAGAAUUAGAAAUACUCUAUUAUAAGGCCCGGCUCGACAUGGCGGCGGCGGCGGCGGUGGGGGACUCCGACUCCUGGGAUGCGGACACGUUCUCCGUGGAAGACCCGGUGCGGAAGGUGGGGGCCGGCAGUACGGCCGGCGGGGACCGCUGGGAAGGCGAGGACGAGGACGAGGACGUCAAGGAUAAUUGGGAUGAUGAGGAGGAGGAAAAAAAAGAGGAAGCAGAAGUAAAACCAGAAGUAAAAAUUUCAGAAAAGAAAAAAAUAACAGAGAAGAUAAAAGAAAAAGAACGGCAACAGAAGAAAAGGCAAGAAGAAAUUAAAAAGAGGUUAGAAGAACCUGAAGAAACAAAAGUACUAACACCAGAAGAACAAUUAGCAGAUAAACUGCGGCUAAAGAAAUUACAGGAAGAAGCAGACCUUGAAUUAGCAAAAGAAACUUUUGGUGUUACUAAUACAGUUUUUGGAAUAGAUGCUAUGAACCCAUCUUCGAGAGAGGACUUCACAGAGUUUGGAAAGCUACUAAAAGAUAAAAUUACACAAUAUGAAAAGUCAUUAUAUUAUGCCAGUUUUUUAGAAGCCUUAGUUCGAGAUGUGUGUAUUUCAUUGGAAAUUGAUGACUUGAAAAAGAUCACCAAUUCACUGACUGUGCUUUGUAGUGAGAAACAGAAGCAAGAAAAGCAAAGCAAAGCCAAAAAGAAGAAGAAAGGUGUGGUUCCUGGAGGGGGAUUAAAGGCCACCAUGAAAGAUGAUCUGGCAGAUUAUGGUGGUUAUGAUGGAGGAUAUGUACAAGACUUUGAAGAUUUCAUGUGACAUUUUAUCUUCUCUGGUGUCUUCUCUCUGUUGCCCACAAUCCCUUCAACAUGUAGCACAACUUCCUUUCCUUUCAGUUCUGCCAAAUGCUACAAUCAGAAGUGCAGUAUCUUUUGUGCUGGUUACUUAACCCCUUGACACUUAGGUGCUAAUGUGCAAAUGAGGGAACUUGGAUCUCGCUGCCAAGGGGUUAAAAUUGGGAACCUCAAUUGCUACUAAAUCAUAGUUUUAAAAAACACACAAACUUAAUAAUGUUGUCAUUGUUGCUAUCUGAUUCUAUAGCAGCAGUCACUAAAUUGGAAACAAAGGUUGCAACAUGACAAGAAAUUGUGUAGUAUUGACCAGCACCAUUCAGUAAUACAGCCUUAACCAUACCUCCUUGAACUACUUCAUAACUUGUCAAGAAAAGCAGUUUGCAGCAAGGGCAUGUGAUGUGCACCUAGUAUUAAAAUUGCUUUGUCUUAAAAUUGAGCGUGAGGAUAUUAAACAUACAUUGUGAAGAAGACUGCUUUUGUCAGAGUGAAGAUACGGCGGCUGAAAACUACUAGUCUGAUACUUAAAAAUUGACCAAAACCCUCCACUUUGAAGCUGAAGAAGGUAAACCUCUCCGUUAUUGUAUUACAAGUUGUGAAAUCUCUUGAGUGCAUACUGUCUAUCAGACUGUUCUACUGAUGAAUUGCUUCAGAUGGGGGAGGGAAACCCUAUCUGCUUUAUUUGCGUGAUUGGAGUGUCUGAGGAACAAAUCUCCUUUGUUCUUCUGGGCUGCAAUGGAAUAACUUUAAACAGG